AUGGACUCUUCUAAUGUUCAAGAGAAUGUGUCAGUUGUUGCAAUAAUAGGAAUGGGGGGAAUAGGAAAGACUGAACUUGCAAAAUCAGUAUACAAUGACGAGCUGGUCAGUAAACAUUUUAUACAUAAGAUAUGGGUGACUGUUUCUGAUCACUUUGACAUCAAACAAAUAGCAGAACAGAUCAUAGAAAGUGCAACAGGUUCGAAACCUAUGCGCCUUCAAUUCGAAGCACUGCAAUUUCUCGUUCGGAGAGAAUUUGAUGGAAAAAAAUAUUUACUUGUGUUGGAUGAUGUGUGGAAUGAAAACCAUGAAAAGUGGUUAAAAUUGUUGGAUUUGUUGAUGGGUGGUGCAAAGGGAAGUAAGAUUUUGGUAACUACACGCAAUGGUGAAGUUGCAAUUGUUGUAGGGUCACGUGCAGACCGUCAUUUAGGUCCCUUGACGAUGGAAGAGUCCUGGGCUCUAUUUAAGCAAAUGGCAUUCAAAGAAGGGGAAGAGACAGAGAAUCUAACUCUAGUUGAAAUUGGAAAGAAAAUUGUGACAAAUUGUAAAGGAGUUCCUCUAUGGAUAAAGGUUUUUGGAAGCCUAUUUUACUAUAUAGAUACAGAGAAUGAGUUGUUGAAUUUAGAAAAAGAAACCCAGUGUUUGGAGGAUGUUGGAGAUUCAUAUUUUAUGGAACUAUCAAGGAGGGCCUUUUUUAAUGUUGUUGAAACUGUUGAAAAGUCUGGUAAUGUAAUUAGCUUUAAAAUACACGAUCUUAUGCACGACUUGGCAGAAAGUGCAGCGCCAACUAACUCCUCCAUGACUCAUUUGUCUGGGAAAGACGCCAAACGAAGAAUGCGAAGAAUCCGUCAUGUGUCAUUUAAUUCUUCUAUAGAUUCAUCAUCAGAAGGUCAUGUGUCAUUUAAUUCUUCUACAGAUUCAUCAUCAGAAGAUCCAACAAGGGUGCAUAGAGCUGACAAUAUAGGAACAUCUCUUUUAUCAUAUCCAUUUAAUGAAAACUUUAUUUCCAAUUUUAAAAGGUUGCGGGUGUUGGAUAUGCAUAACUUGGGGAUGAAGAUGGUGCCGAGUUGCAUAAGUAAGAUGAAGUAUUUAAGGUAUCUUGAUCUUUCUGAAAACGAUAUCAAGAAAUUGCCAAGUUCCAUUACCAAGUUGAAAAAUUUGCAGACCUUGAAACUCUCUGAUUGUCAGGAUCUCGAAGAAUUGCCAGAAGGUUUUGGAAAAUUGGUCAAUCUUAGGCAUCUUGAGCUUGACUUCUGUAUCGGUUUGACUGAUAUGCCAUAUGGAUUGGGGCAAUUGACUUCUCUUCGUACACUACCGUUAUUCAUCACAGGUCCAGGUAGUAGGUUAAGUGAAUUGAAAGGCCUAAAUAAUCUACUGGGCAAGUUAAAGAUUGAACUAAGAUCGGGAAAGUCAGAAGUCGGAGAAGCAAUCUUGAAGGAGAAAGAACAUCUUGUGUCAUUGGAACUAAAUUUCCGCCACUAUGAUAAUGAUGAUGUGUUAGUGUUGGAAGGCCUUCAACCACACCCAAAUCUGACAAGUCUGGAUAUAAGAUGGUAUGGGGGUUUCCGGCAACUUUCUUCUCUCCGAUCUCUUGAGCUUAGUAAUCUAAAUUCUCUAAGCUACAUAGAUGAAAACAGCAUUAAUAGUGGCGGUGAUGAUGCGUCCUCUUCUUUGCCAUUUUUCCCAUCAUUGGAAUAUCUGAGUCUCAUUGAGUUGCCUAAUUUGCAGGGAUGGUGGAAUAAAGAGGAACCAACAAUAAUGGAAAUGACAGCAGACCAACAGCAACACCAACUAUUGCUGCUACCAUCAUUUCCUCGUCUUUCUCGAUCAUAUAUCAGAAAUUGUCCUAAGCUGGCAUCAAUGCCUCUGCAACCAAGCUCUGUAGAACUAAAAUUGGAUGGGGUCUGCACGGAGCUAGUAAAACAACAGUUAUUGAUGAUGAUGGUGGUAGCCCCUUCAUCUUCUUCAUUUGCUCCUCUUUCCAAAUUAGCUGUUCUAUAUAUUAAUGACAUUGAGGAUCUAGUUUCUUUGCCAGAUAAAGCAUUCGGAAGUCUCAUUUCUCUCCGGAAACUAGGGAUUUGCAAUUGUCCAAGACUAACCUCUCUGCCAAGAGGGAUGCAACAUCUCACUGCCCUCAAAUCUCUGCGGAUCCACAACUGCAAAGAGGUUACCUUUUUUAAUGAUGACGAUGACGAUGAUGAUGACGAUGACGAUGACAUACCAUUUCUAGGCUUUAAGAACCUAACUUCUCUGGAAAUGUCUCAAAUUCCGAAGUUGGGGUUUCUUCCUGCAGGGCUUCGACAUGUCACCUCUCUACAAUCUCUAUCCAUUUCAAGUUGUGAAAAAUUGGUAACUUUACAGAAUACCGGCAACCUCACAUGGCUUCAACAACUUUCCAUUUCAAGGUGUGAAAAUUUGCUAAAUUUACGGCAGAUCGGCAACCUCACAUCGCUUCAACAGCUUUCCAUUUCAAAGUGUGAAAAUUUGACAACUUUAGGGAAGAUCGGCAACCUCAUAUCUCUUCGAGAACUUUCCAUUUCUCUUUGCCCUAGCCUGACGUCACUGCCUGAGGGAAUGCUACAUGUUACCUCCCUACAAUCUCUAUCCGUUUCAAGUUGUAAAAAUUUGGUAACUUCACAGAAUAUUGGCAACCACACAUCGUUUCAACAACUUUCCAUUUCAGAGUGUGCAAAUUUGACAACUUUAACUUGUCGUUGUCUUGGGAUUCUCUCGGUGAUUGACUUUGGGUUAAUGUGCCGAUUAAUUUGGGAGGUGUAA